AUGACGGCCACGCGUACGUCUGUAAUUUGCUGUCCGGAUACAAACGUCGAUCAUGUUAAGGCAGCAAAGCCGGCCCUACAUGCACUCAAACCUAGUGAGACGCAUGUAGUAGCAUUGCAGACCUGUCCCAAAGAAACAGGCCUGGGGAUGGCGGAUAAGUUGUCAUCAGACAUGAUUGCUGUCCAGGAAGCAUCGAUUAGAACGCGCUUCUGGUUUGGUCGAUGUAGUGGAGGCGGCUCGAGAUUAUUUAAGUUUGCUGGACUUGUGAAGUCCAUUUUUGGCUUUGAGUACGGGUGGACUAUUUUCCCAACUUUUGUAGCGCGUUCAGAUUACUACAAUGAGAACGUAGACAAGGUCGAAAAAGUUGUGGCGUUUAUAAUACAGUGA